CAGGGACUUGACGGUAAGCUGUCCUGUUGGCGAGAGCAGAAGAACAACCCUCUGAUGACUGUUUGCUUCCUGCCGGCCAUGGAUUCCAGCAAUUCUUCUGGGACGAACUCUCAGAGUCCGAGCAUUGAAGAGCAGAUAUGUGCAGCUUUUAUAAUUCCCAUCAGUGCGGUGUUAAAUUUUCUGAUGUUUUCUUUUGCAAAAUGCUUUGAGCAACAGCCCCCUGGUUGUCAAGAACCUGAUCUGGCUCACCUUGCCCGAAAAGGAGAUUAAGGAUUCAAUGUUCAAAAUCAAAUAUUUUAUUGUCA